GAGCCGAAAAGGGAAAAACGGUAGCAGUCACCAUUCUACAGAUCUUUGUUUUUCACUUCACUUCUCCACGGUUUGUUGUACUUCUUACUUUUUAUUUAACUUCGGCAAAAGAGUGAACAAGGUAAGUCAUUGGCAUGCUUCGUGAAUAGAUUUAGAUGUUGCCAGUUGUUGAACUCAGUUAGCUUGCUUGCUAGCAAGUUAGCUAGCAGUGGUGCUAGCUCAGGCUCACGCCUUGCUGUUUGCAUGGAGUCAUGUUGCAGAGUGGGCUGCAGGAAUCCAUGCACACGCGCACUGCACUAUCGAACGUCACUACUGAUCCAGGACAAGUUAGUUUGCACUGGUUGUUGUAGGGAAAAUGAAGAUUAGAAGAUAGGAAGCUGAUCUUGGACCAGCGUUCAUGAGCAGCAUUUUCUCAUCACACCUUUUUGGGCGACCAGACCAAAUUCACAUAGAAAUGUUGUUAUAGAUCUGUCAUUCUUGUUGAAAGCAAGUCUAAGAAGCGGUAGAUCUGUUCUAUGUGUUAUUUCUAUGUUUCCGUAAAGUUUCGUGUCUGACAUCAUUUACUUUCAGUUUAAUACACCAGCUAAAAUACAAUAUUUUCGGUUCUGUAAAAUAUAUUUCACAGCAGUUUAGAUGGUACAAUGAUUAUCUACACUAUACUUACUUGUUUUGUCACAAACUGAAAUUAAAGAAAACUAUUAGAAUUUUAGCAACCAGGAAAUGGCUGAGUGAUUUCUGCAUAGUGCAUCUUUAAUGCACCAAAUUUGGUAAAGACAAUAAAAAUAAUUCAUUUUCUCUUCCUCCUUAACUACAACCACACCAGCUUUCCCUUUAAAACUGGACAACACAUAUGCAGUGAAUAAGAUACACAAGGAGCAAGAGCUGAUGCUCUACUUUCUGACUUUGCAUGAUUGCCACUGUCAUGUCAUGUGCCAAUAUUUUAAAACGUGAUCAUAGAUAUGUCCAUAUUAUAUCAACUAAUCUACAGUUAUGAGCAUGGCGGACUCAGACGUCAACAUGACAGACUCUGAGAUCAACGCGACAGACUCAGAGCUCCACAUGGAGUGUGUGGAGGAGGAUCUGACACCGUGGCAACAGCAACCAGAUGAGGAUAUGGAAGAAACAAGCAAGGGACCCAGUAAAGGUGAGUGUGCUGUGUGCAGACUCGAUGUAACCUGCUUCCUUGGGUCAUGUCAUUCUGUAUGUUUUGGGACUCAAUUCUCAAUAGCAACAGUUUCAAAAUAGACAUGUGAAUGGUGAAUCUGUAUUAUUAUCAGUAUCAUUGCCAUAUUCUAUCGUCGUCAGUUCAUGGUUCUUUAAAUUGCCUUCCCAGUACCUCCCGAUGACACUUCAGUGAUGCACCUCGGCGACAGCAGUAGCAUCACAACCAAACCCAUGCCUGCCCUUGGUGAGUGCUCUGGCAUGGUGUUUAAAAAAUAUAUAGGGAUAUACAGGUAACUGCCAAAUAGGAAAACAACAUUGUCUUAAUAGGGUGUUGGGCCACCACAAGCCAGAAUGGCUUCAAUGCACCUUGGCAUAGAUUCUACAAGUGUCUGGAACUCUAUUGGAGGGAUGCGACCCUAUUCUUCCACAAGAAAUUCCAUCAUUUGGUGAUGGUGGUGGAAAAUACUGUCUUGGGCGCCGCUCCAGAAUCUCCCACAAGUGUUCAACUGGGUUGAGAUCUGGUGACUGAGACGGCCAUGGCAUAUGGUUUACAUCGUUUUCAUGCUCAUCAAACCAUUCAGUGCCCUGUGGAUGGGUCCAUUAAUCUCCCGAGUGGCGCAGUGGUCUAAGGUCGCGGUCGUAGCCGGCCGCGACCAGGAGACCCACGGGGCGGCGCACAAUUGGCCCAGCGUCGUCCGGGGUAGGGGAGGGAAUGGCUGGCAGGGAUGUAGCUCAGUUGGUAGAGCAUGGCGUUUGCAACACCAGGGUUGUGGGUUUGAUUCCCACGGGGGGCCAGCAUUUAAAAAAACUAAAUACAAAAAUUACAGUGGGGAAAAAAAAAAAAAAAAAGUAACUCACUAACUGUAAGUCGCUCUGGAUAAGAGCGUCUGCUAAAUGACUAAAAUAUAAAAUGAUUGUCAUCCUAUGGGGGCAUGGCCUGCCUUUUAUGCAUGACCCUAAGCAUGGUGGGAUGUUAAUUGCUUAAUUAGCUCACGAACCACACCUGUGUGGAAGCACCUGCCAUCAAUAUAUACUGAACAAAAUAAAAAUUGUAAAGUGUUGUUUCAUGAGCUGAAGUAAAAGAUCCCAGAAAUGUUCCAUACACACAAAAAGCGUAUUUCUCUCGAAUUUUGUGCACAUUUGUUUACAUCCCUGUUAGUGAGCAUUUCUCCUUUGCCAAGAUAAUCCAUCCACCUGACAGGUGUGGCAUAUCAAGAAGCUGAUUUAACAGCAUGAUCAUUACACAGGUGCACCUUGUGCUGGGGACAAUAAAAGGCCACUCUAAAAUGUGCAGUUUUGUCACAACACAAUACCACAGAUGUCUCAAGUUUUGCAAUUGGCAUGCUGACUGCAGGAAUGUUCACCAGAGCUGUUGCCAGAGAUCUGAAUGUUCAUUUCUCUAGGCCGUCAUUGUAAAUAAGAAUUCAUUCUUAACUGACUUGCCUAGUUAAAUAAAUGUUAAAUACCAUAAGCCGCCUCCGUCGUUUUAGAGAAUUUGCCUGUACGUCCAACCAGUCUCAAAACCGCAGACCACGUGGAACCACGCCAGCCCAGGACCUCCACAUCCGGCUUCUUCACCUGCGGGAUCGUCUGAGGGGGUGCUGAGGAGUAUUUCUGUCUGUAAUAAAGCCCUUUUGUGGGGAAAACUCAUUCUGAUUGGCUGGGCCAUGGCUGCACCCUUGCCAAGUCAUGUGAAAUCCAUAGAUUAGGGCCUAAUGAAUUUAUUUCAAUUAACUGAUUUCCUUAUAUGAACUGUAACUCAGUAAAAUCUUUGACAUGUUGCAUUUAUAUUUUUUAUCAGUAUACUUUGUAUCCCUCAUUUACUCAAAUGUUCCCAUUAUUUUUGGCAGUUACACGUAUACUCUUGGAAACAGUUUUGACUUCACUUCUUUUUUGUCUUACUGACGUGUGACGUGUAGUCACAGUAGCAUAAAACAUGGUUCAAUGGACACACGUAACCAACCUGUUUAAGCCUCAUAGGGAGUAUAUUGACUUUGGCCCAUCUCUGCAGCACCGUUACUACCCAAACCAAUGGUCCUGACUCAAGUGCUGCAGCCUCUUCAGACCUCCAUGCCUCAGGUGCUGCAGAUGCCAACCACUAUGCUGCCUAGCACCAGCAGCACCACUGGGAAGAACAUCAUAUUCACCUCACAGGUAUGCAGACAUGAUUCCUUAUUCUGAAUGUCAGAGAAGCAUGUUUGUUCUACAUCAUAUAUUUCUAUAAGAACUAGCGAUGGGGUGAUUGUUCUUAGCAGAUUGCUGCUGAGCAGCAGUGCAUUUCAGGUUGACAACAGUGGACCAUUCAGCACUUCAUGGACUUGUGUUUUUCUAUAGGAAGAAUGAGCUUCAGUGAGUACAGUUGAGUACAAUAAUGAUUGUGAAUAGUCAGAUUAAUAUAGUUUGAUUUAAAUGUUUACAUGCUUUGCAAGAAGAACGAUUUGCCUAAUAAUCCUGUUUACAUGGACACAUCUGAAAUCAGGCUAGCUGAUGGGACUGAUAAAUGCAGGAAAUUGCCAAUCAAAAUAAACCUUCUACCACAGCGACAAUGUUAUUUUUGUGAAGCCUAUUUGAUUCUGAGUUCAGACAUAAAUUAUAAAAGUUUGUAUGUGAAAACUACACUGACUGUACAAAACAUUAGGAACACCUUCCUAAUAUUGAGUUGCACCCCUUUUGCCUUCAGAACAGCCUCAAUUCGUCGGGGAUUGGACUCUACAAGGUGCCAAUUGUUUCACAGGGAUGCUGGAUGUCCUUUGGGUAUUGGACCAUUGUUGAUACACACGGGAAACUGUUGAGCAUGAAAAACCCAGUAGCGUUGAAGUUCUUGGCACACUUAAAGCGGUGUGCCUGGCACUAGUACCAUACCCUGUUCAAAGGCGCUUACAUCUUUUGUCAUGCCCAUUCACCCUCUGAAUGAUUAACAAUCUUUUCUUAAUUUUUUCACGGCUAAAAAUCCUUCUUUAACUGUCUUCGCCCCUUCAUCUACACUGAUUGAAGUGAAUUUAACAGGUGACAUCAAUAAGGGAUCAUAGCUUUCACCUGGAUACAUCUGGUCAGUUUAUCAUGUUCCUAAUGUUUUGUACAUCAGUGUAUUUCUAAGAUAAAUACUUUCAGUUUUUCCAAACUAACUUCACUCGCCUAAAAGAAGUAAGCUCGUGCAAGCAUAUGCGCAAAUCAAAUUAGCUUAAUCAGCUAUAACGCUGAUUAAGGUGUUUACAUGUCCUAAUAAUUCAAAAGAUUGCUCAGAAAACCUGGUGUUUUAAUCAGCGUAUGCUUACUUUGACGUAAGCCGAUUUAAGUUGAGCAGGGUAAGGUGUUUACAUGACUAAUGCCAUAUUCAACCUACUUCCAUAAUCUGUUUAAUAUUAAAUUAUUAGUGUGCAUGUAAACGUACCGAUUGCUAUGUUCUUUGUCUUUUUUGUGGUGCAGAACAUUCAAGGGGCCACACAGACCAUAAGCGCCAAAUCAGUGGGGUAUAUCCUGAAUAGAGCAGACGUGAUUCCUUAUUCUGAAUGUCAGAGAGGCAUGUUUGUUCUACAUCAUAUUUCUAUCUGAACCCUGCCGUGAUUGUUCUCAUUAGAUUACUGCUGAGCAGCGAACGUUUAGGUUGACAACAGUGGACCAGGCAGCGCUUCAUGGACUUGUUUUUUUCUAUAGGAAUAAUGAGUUUAAGUCAUUGCUAUGAUCUUUCUUUUUGUGGUGCAGAACAUUCAAGGGGCGACACAGACCAUAAGUGCUAAACCGGUAGGCUAUAUCCUGAAUGGCCAGCCCAUCACCGUGCUGCCUGGUGGUACGUAGCUAACAUUAGUAAUGUCUAUUCUUGUUAUCUUAUCAAUGUCCUGAUAGCUAACUAAGUAUUUCAUUGCCCACCUGAAACCUAGAAGUAACCACCUUUAGUGGGAUCAAGAGAAAUGUGACAGGGAGUGUUUGUGUUCUGUAAUUGUGUCAUGCAAACUUUGGGUAAUAAAAGAACGGAAAGUUAUAUUUUAUCCAGUGGGAAGUGUUUUGUAAAAUGCAAAUGGACAAUAGCUAUGUUUCCAUUAUUAUAAUUAUUAUUAUUAUUCCAGUGAUUCUUUUUUUUGUUGUUGAAGUUGUCAACAUUUAGAAAGUUUGCAUAGAAAAUAGAUGCAACAAUUGCCUGCUACUGUGCGUUUCCAAAUAACUGUCUUGUGUCAAUAAAAACAGCCGGAUGUAAUGACGUCACACCUCGCAAAAACGAGGUGGUUGCACAUUAAUAAAUUGGCAACAGCCUGUAUGCCCUCCCACAUAUCUGUUUCAUGUCUCGGGUAGCCCGCAAAAGCUAGCAUUGAUAGAAUGCAAGAAUUGACUAUUAUUUGCCAUAUUCUAAUAAUUGUCAUAUGCCAACAAGGUGAAACUUGAAUCCAGCCAACCAGAAAAGCAAAGCAUAGCAAUUUCAGGUAUUCUUGAAAGUCAGGACAAUCCUUGUCCUGCAAGCAGUAGGCAUUUCAAAUUAAAUGUGGAGAGGCCUACGUGAUGACAUGACAUCACAUGCCCCGCAUGCCAUCAAAAUGAUUUGGCAAUAAUAAUUUAUUCAGGAAAAAUAGUUUACUCAUUUGUCGCAAUAAAGACAGUUUGACAAAAUAAAAAUCCACCCCUGUCGAACAGAUAAAAAUGUUGCCGAUCUUUAGAACAUUUCUCCUAUAGCUUCCAUCGCAAUGUUUUUUUUUUGCGACAUUGCUUUUGUCGAAUAAACCUGUGUCAAUGGAAACCUGCCUAUUGUGAGCGGCUCACUACUGUUUUUUCUGCAGGCCAGGGAACCCAGCUGCAGCUAGCACCCCAGCAGGUCCUGUCUCAGCCCAGGGGUAGGCCAUCCGCCAGCGGCUUCACCACAGUGCGGAUCCCCGUCACCCUCACCAUCCGCACCACCAAUGGAGUCCAGACCAUCAGCACUGUGGCCUCUGGCGGGGUCAACCUCUCAUCUUCCCCCGCCACCACUCCAUCUGUCACAGGUAAGGAAGGCUCUAGUCCUUGUGGGCCAUCAGUCUCACCACAAGUUGAAUACAGGGAUUGUAAAUUAAAUUGCAGUCUUAGCAAACCAAUUAUUGUCAGUAUGAAUUGAAGUCUAAUCUAAUAGCGUAAACUUUAUUGUUAAAAAACCCACCUUCUGAUUUGUCAUUUGUUAUGAAUCAUUGUCUUGGAACACUAAUCCCGCUUUGUUGUGUGUGUGUAGGGAUUGUGUCAGCCAGUUCUUCAGGUGCAGCAGGAAGCUAUGCUGUGAGCACUGCACCCCUCACCAUCUCACCCAGAACACAGCAGCAUCCGACCCUGCAACCAGCUCCCAGCACUACCAGGUCCCCUGCUACCAGUGGUCUGAGCACUGCUCCCUCUCCUAGUGCACCCCUCAGAGGUUAGUAGUCUCCAGGAACACACCGCUUUCCUGUAAUAGCUAAGAGAAAUAGGUUGGUACUGCAUUCAUCAUUCAGAUAUUACUACUGUGUAGCCUGUUGUUUUACCACUCCAAACAAGAAAUCGUCCAUACUAAUAGAAUAUCCUAUUGAAGUCAAAGGUAAUUUACUACUGACCAAGCCCCCCCCAUAGUGUACUGUGAUUUGGCACAUUAAAUAGUUUUCUUACCCAGAGUACUGGUGUUUAUUUUGCAGUGAUUGCACCAGCCCCCGCCAAGCCAAAGAUGUGCAAGCGCUGUAGAUCCGAGUACAAAUUGGUCAACGCCCUCCGGGGCUUCAUGUGUGUAAGUGUGCCUUAGGUAUACUUUAUACUCUCUUUGGGAAAUUGAUGUAACUUAUUUAGUGGAUGUUGACGUUCAUAUAGAUAUUAUUAUAGAUAUUAUUAGCCCAGGUCCGACUGUGAAGGACUGUUGUUAAAAGCUCGUCCUGAUGUGGCAAAAUCCUCUGCUAUUAUGUCAUCUACCCUAAAAGCGUCCUGUGGUGUCUUAAACGCUGAUAAUGGUAAUAAAUAGAGAUGUAUGAAUAUUGAUCUUUACCCUACUGGUCUCAUUUACCUUCUAGCUCUGCAGCAAGCAGAUCGCCCUGAGCCUGGAUGCCAUCAAUGCUGCGGCCAAGCUUUCCUCCAAACCCUCCAAAUCUUCCAAAUCCAAGUCCAAGGCAUCCAAAGCCACCGCCUCCUCUCCUUCCUCCUCCUCCUCUUCGUCCUUCUCCAAGACCUCCAAGGAGACCUCCAAGGAGCCAGUCACCACGCCGGUGCGACCGGUGUGUGUGGCCGAGGGUGGCAGCCCCAUCCUGGAGGCCGACCAGCAGGGCAAGCUCAUCAUGCUGGUGGAGGACUUCUACUACGGCGUGGACAAGGGCCGAAACCUGAGUGGCGCACCAGUGGAGAAGCUGCCGGGCAUCUUCAAGUGCAUCCACUGCGAAAAGACACUGAAGACUAACAUCAAGUGAGUGGUGGAGUGUGGGAAACAGGAAUUCAUGUUAUGUUUUUUAAUCAAUUUCAUGUUUUGUCGAAUUGACUGAAAUCUUACCCUCUCACACGCUUUGUCCUCCAUCUUCCACUCCUCUCUUCCAGGCUGAUGAACCACAUGCGUCACCACGUGGAGAUGACGGCGCAGCAGAACGGCGAGGUGGACACGCACACCUCCUGCCAGCACUGCUUCCGCAACUUGGCUACGCCCUUCCGCCUGCAGUGCCACGUGGAGCGCGUCCACAGCCAGUUGGAGUCCACCAGUGAGUACUAGCUCGCUCCCCACUCGCCCACCAACCAUUCAGUCAUACCACAUACUGGCGCUAAAACAAAGUGACUAUCGGCACUUGCCAUCCCACCAACAUUCUCCCCACGCAGUCAAAGCACAUUGAAUCAGCACUUGAUGCUGAUAUAUUGCCCUGUUGGGAAUUGGGUGAAUUGAACCACUUUGAAUGCUUAUGUGACACUCUGGCCUUUUUUCUGUUUUAUCACAGCUAAGUGUAAGAUCUGCGAGUGGGCAUACGAGAGCGAGCCUGUCUUCCUGCAGCACAUGAAGAACACCCACAAACCGGGAGAGAUGCCCUACAUUUGCCAGGUAAACAGUGCCCACUUGGGGCCCGAUUCAGACUUAGGAAAUCUAUUCCUUUUUUACGCGUUUUGAUUGAAGCACUUCUCAGUAGUUUGUAUUCAGACUUACCGUAUGCAAGUGCGUAAAGGGCUUUGUAGGUGUGGCUCCCUUGUGUGCACUGAAUACAUUUGAUUCAACUGCUAAAAACCCUCCCGCUUGCUAACAGAUUUUCAUUCAAUAGGGUUUUCAGUACAUUUAUUGAAAGCCAUCCCUUUAAAUACGGUGUAUUUUUUAAAUUAGAAUUUGACAGACUCAAAAUAAUAUAUAUCGAGAGAACUGCAGCAAAAUGCAUCAUACCGGCUCUAUUUCUGUAUUUUGCAAGUUAUAUAUCUUCAAAACUUGAUUGCUGACAUGCAAAACAUUUUGGGACUAUAUCAACAAUGGACUAAUGAAACAAAUACCAAAAGGUUUUUUGGUGGAGUUUUCCUUUAAGUUCAAGGUCAGAAUACCCUUAGAGAAAAGUGCAAUAAAAACUGUGUUCCAUUUAUGCGCACUUAACUCGGAUCAGAAUCAGCCCCUUGGUCAUUACUUAUACUGUCUCCAAGUCCAUAUACACUCUCCGACCAGUUUAUUAGGUACACCCACGUGGUACCGGGUCGGACCCCCCUUUGCCUCCAGAACAGUCUGAAUUCUUCGGGGAAUUCUACAAGGCGUUGGAAACGUUCCACAGGGAUGUUGGUCCAUGCUGACGAGAUGGAAUCACACAGUUGCUGUAGAUUGGACGGCGGUAUAUUCAUGCUGCGAACAGCCCAUUCCAUCUCAUCCCAAAGAUGCUCUAUUGGGUUGAGGUCUGGGGACUGCGCAGGCUAUUCAAGUAAACUGAACUCGCUGUCAUGUUCCAGUCAGUGUUUUUCCACAGUUGUCCAGUGUUGGUAAUCGCGUGUCCACUGGAGCUGCUUCUUAAUGUUUUUAGCUGAUAGGAGUGGAAGCCGAUGUGGUUGUCUACUGCAAUAGCCCAUCCGUGACAAGUUGUGCGUUCCGAGAUGCCGUUCUACACACCACUGUUGUACUGCGCCGUUAUGUCUGUCUGUGGCCUGCCUGUUAGCUUACACGAUUCUUGCCAUUCUCCUUCCACCUCAUUAAUGAGCUGUUUUCGCCCACAGGACUGCCGCUGACUGGAUGUUUUUUUGUUUGUCGCACCAUUCUCGGUAAACCCUAGACACUGUCGUGCGUGAAAAGCCCAGGAUGGCGGCCCUUUCUGAGAUAGUGGAUCAGGCGCACUUGGCACCGCCGAUAAAACCACGCUCAGUCGCUUAGGUCACUCGUUUUGCCCAUUCUAAUGUUCAAUCGAACAGUAACGGAAUGCCCCGAUGCCUGUCUGCUUGCAAGCCACAACUACGUCACUCACUGUCUGUAUGAGUGAUACAUUUUCAUGAACGGGGUGGCCUAAUAAACUGGCCGGUGAGUGCAUUUCUACGCAAUGUCCUUGUCCUGGGGAAAAGCUCACUAUAUCAACACGUAGUGUCUCCUAAUGCAAUUCACCCUUAAAAUGGUCUCAUGUAAUUCACCCCCCCCCCCCCCCACUUCUCUUUUCUUUGUGAAGGUAUGCGACUACCGCUCGUCCCUGUAUGUGGACGUUUUCGCCCACUUCCGUGAGGUCCACAACGGCACAGCCAAUCUGCUGUGCCCCUACUGCCUCAAGGUGUUCCGUUCCAGCAGCAACUACCAGAACCACUACAACCGCCACCAGGUAAACCCAAUGAGGCUACAUCAGAUACAUUGGCAGCCAGUCUAUUCCACUCCAUUUUCUUUCUGAAACCCAUUUUCCUCGUUUGUGUGCAGAAAAAAACUGUGUUUCAAUGUGACCGGUGCCGGCUUCAAUUCCUCUUCGCCAAGGACCGGGCAGAGCACAAGGUGCAGUACCACAAAACCCACCUCAAGCCACGGCAGCUGGAGGGCCUGAAGCCUGGUACCAAGGUGUGUGUGUGUGUGUGCAAUCUGUAUGUGUGUGUGUGUAUACAUGUGUGUGUGCGCACAUGCGUGAGUGAUUGCUAGGGUAUGAUAUUCCAAAUUUUUGUCUGUACUUUCUCUGUGAAUGUUAUGCAUUGACCCUUUGCAUAAUGGGAUUAUUAUUGAUGUACAGUACCAGUCUUCUUAUUGGUGUCCUUUAGUAGUGGUUUUUUUGCAGCAAUUUGACCAUGAAGGCCUGAUUCACGCAGUGUCCUCUGAACAGUUGAUGUUGAGAUGUGUGCAAUCUGAGGUGCAGUUAACUCUAAUGAACUUAUCCUCUGCAGCAGAGGUAACUCUGGGUCUUCCUUUCCUGUGGCGGUCCUCAUGAGAGCCAGUUUCAUCAUAGCGCUUGAUGGUUUUUGUGACUGCACUUGAAGAAACGUUCAAAGUUUUUGAAAUGUUCCGGAUUGACUGACCUUCAUGUCUUAAAGUAAUGAUGGCCUGUCAUUUCUCUUUGCUUAUUUCAGCUGUUCUUGCCAUAAUAUGGACUUGUUCUUUUACCAAAUAGGGCUAUCUUCUGUAUACCACCCCUACCUUGUCACAACACAACUGAUUGGCUCAAACGCAUUAAGAAGGAAAAACCUUUAACAAGGUACACCUGUUAAUUGAAAUGCAUUCCAGGUGACCAACUCUUAAGCUGGUUGAGAGAAUGCCAAGAGUGUGCAAAGCUGUCAAGGAAAAGGGUGGCUACUUCGAAGAAUCUCAAAUAUAAAAUAUAUUUUGAUUUAACACUUUUUUUGGUUAGUACAUGAUUCCAUAUGUGUUAUUUCAUAGUUUGUCUUCACUAUUAUUCUACAAUGUAGAAAAUAGUAAAAAUAAAGAAAAACCCUGGAAUGAGUGGGUGUGUCCAAACUUUUGACUGUUACUAAUAGUGGUCUAAGAAUAUUUCUGUGUUCCAGGUGACCAUCCGGGCCUAUGCGCUGCAGGGCAAGCAGUACUACUAUCAGGAGUCUUCGGGCCGAGGAGACCUCCGGCCCUCCAAAGUGAUUGAUGUUCCGUCUGCUCCCCAAAAACCCGAGCCCAAGAAGAAGCCUGUUGAGAGCCUUAUGGAGCUGCUCACUAAGUUCCAGAUGAGGUAGAGGGUUGAUGUUUUCCCCCUGACUUUAUUGGCAUGAAAUGGAAUUGACUCCAAGCUUUAUUCAGACUCAAUUGAGUUUAAAUGAAUACUGUAAACAAAGCUUUUAUCUUUGCCGUAUAGCAACAUUUGGAGCAGUGUUCUAGGAUGAUGCGGAUAGAAAUUGAAUAUCUAAAAUGGAUAAGCUUGACCUUCCAUCGCUGUGCACCAUGGGUAACCUGCCUUCCUUCCACUUCCUUCCCCACAGUGCAUCGCUGGACCAACAGAACUGCAUGGAGUGCACCUUUAAGAUUCCCGACUUUGCCAACCACUUCCCCACCUACGUCCACUGCUCCUUGUGUCGCUACUGCACCUGUUGCUCCCGGGCCUACGCCAAUCACAUGAUCAAGUGAGUGACGUUGCUCAACACCCCACACUCCCAAGAUGUUAACGUCAACUGAAGAUUCCCCUAAUUAUUUCUUACAUCAGUGGGUAAUUGAAAUGUUGGUUUGGAGAAAGGUGUACGACAUGUUUUCUGUCUCUUUUCACUUGCAGUAACCACGUGACUCGCAAGAGCACCACCCAAUAUCUGGCCAUGUACGAGUCAUACCCAAGGUAACAAUCAUUUCCUCAGACCAUUUUUUGGGCAGUAUUUAACUGAAUGUAGUGUUUUAAUGCUGAUUGCUCGAAAUCCUCUGUUGGUCCCAUUUCAGAAUGGAUGAGAUGAGGUGCACGUCUUGUAACUACAAGACCAAGGUGGGCGAUAUGAUGGCCAACCAUCUAGUGGAUCACCCAGACCAUGAUGCUGCAAACUUCAGAAAGCUGGAGGUGGAAGGUUAAGUUGAGUUCCACCUUCUGAUAUUUAAGUAUCUUUGUAUAAGGUCAAACCUUUCUAUAUGGCAACCCUUUCAUGUUUUCAUUUUUUUCCCCCCAUUCAGAUGUUCCUGAGGAGGCUUCUCAAAGGUAUUUAAUAUUCGCUUAUAUAUUGAGUGAAAUUACUUACUGUUGGACAGAACUGAGUUUGCUCAAGUUGAAGCCUAGUUACGCUUUGGUUGCACUGUGACACUCCAUUGCUACUUUAUCAAAUGUGUGUGUAAUUGACUGAGCUUCCUGAAAACUAACAUGUUUGUUUCUUUUCAUUCCUCCUGUAGCAUUGUUGGUACGGAAAUCAACCCAGGUCAAGGAGGGUCUUUUGUGCCUAUCCAUCUGCUACCAGCUAGCAAUAGUUCCACCCUGCUCUCUAUCAAACCGCUGCUAUCCUCCAAGCCCAGCAUGACGAUCACGGUCCUUGGUCCCAAUAAAACCAUGCCCUCCACUGGUCCUGCUGCAUCCAAUGGUGUCUGGACAACCCCCAAGGUCGGCGGCUUGGGCCAUGUGAUGGAGCCCCAGGCAGUGGAGUCCCACGGGUUCAAGGGGCUGAGCAACAGAGCGUUUUUCCACGAAGGAGAGGCCAGGAUGGGUAAAUCCAGGAAAGAAGGGUCAACCAAAUUGACGGUGCACCAGCUGAAGGUGUUGCUCUACGCCCUGUGCAGCGGCUUCUCCCAGGCAUCCCUGCGCUUUGGCACCCAGCCAGAACUCAUCCAGGACUGGAUGCUCCAGCAGGAGAGCCAGCGCCUCCAGAAGAACUGGAUCUGGAACACGGACCGCAUCGCAGAGUGGGUGAUGUGCCAGCGGGAGCAGCAGCUGCCAGUCACAGAGGAAAACCUGCUCAAGACAGCCACGCAGGCCUUGGAGGAGUCGCACGAGAUCGGUGAGUUCUACGAGUGGGCCGUGGAGUUCAUGCUCCGCCACAACCUCAGCCUGCAGGCCUCCUGCUCGGCCAAGCGCCCACUGCCGCGCAACGUAUACGAGAGCGUCCGCAUCUUCACUCGCUUUGUCUGCAAGCAGGUCAAAGAUGUCGGUUUCCGGCCACCCACCAUCGGAUGCAUCGACGAGCUCUCUGUGUUCGUGGACCUGGAUAAUCUCAAGACGAGCCCUGAGGCGUUCCAGUUGAUCGGCACCAGGGAGCCCCUGAUAGAGGUGGUCCUAGCGGGGCUGGCCGACGGCACCAUGCUGCCCACCAUGGUGUUCCUCAAAGGCAACCCUCCACACCUCCAGAAGGCCAUCCCGGACUCGGUCUUCCUGGAGGCGCGCCCGCAAGGCUUUACGGACGACGAGCGGCUCCAGCUGUGGCUCUCUAAGGUGUGGCAGAAGCAUGUGAACCCCCAGGCAGGGGGAAAAGGUCUGCUGAUCAUUGACACCCACCACGGCCACCUGGCUGACGACUUCCUGGCUGCCCUCAACAGCAGCAACACCCUGCCGGCGGUGAUCCCAAUCGGUUGCUCCUGCCGCUUGCAGCCCCUGGAGCUGUGCGUGGCGCCUGUUAUGAAGGAGUUUCUGCAGGCCCGCUGGUGCGAGAUGUACACCCAGAAUGAAGGAGCUGUGGCUCUGGGGCCAGCUGACCUGGCCCUAAUGCUGGUGGAAUGUCUGGGUGACGUGGUCUCAUGCUUGGUCACGCAGCCUCAGAUCCUCCAGCAGUCCUUCAUGAUGGUCAGCACACCGCCACAGGAGGAAGGAGAGGAAGGCCCUGCAGAACUGGUGCAGAGCCUGACCGAGGCUCUGGUCGCGCUUUCUCCGGCAAGGUCGAUGAAGAGCGCUGAAGUGCUAAUGAAAGUGGAGCCAGAGGACAAAGGUGUGGUUUCGGACACCUUGCCCUCGCCGCCACCCAACCCGCAAGCACUCAAACAGGUGUUUGAGAAGGACAGCGAUCUGGAGUCUUUCCACGGUUUUGAGGAAACUGAUUGAUCUUUUUUUUUUUUUUACUGACACCAC